AUGUCUUCUGCGAAUGAAGCUGCUAAUGCUUUGCCUUCAAAUUUUGAUGUGAACGGUUUGAAAAAUGCGUUUAGCAAUCCAAUACAAGCAUUUCGUAUGUUAGAUAAAAAUAAUGAUGGUCGCGUAACGAAAGAAGAUUUACAAUUAUUAUUACAACAAUUUGGUAUUAAUGGUAUGGCAGCUAAAGUUUUAUCAAAAUAUAUAUUUAAACAAUUGGAUGCUAAUGGUAAUGGUACAAUUGAACCAAGCGAUCUUGUACAUGCUAAUGGUAUACUUUCAAGUCUUUUAAAAACUAAACAAGGUGGUGGUGCUUAUUGA